AUGGCUGUCUUCAUGACCAUUUGUCAGCCAAUUGACCAGUAUUGGAACCCCGUGCCGUGGGGACAUUGCCGCGACACAUCCAUCCAGGAGUUCACUUCGGUCUCUUUCAACCUGGUCCUGGAUUUGGCCAUCUUCAUAUUGCCUAUGCCAUGGCUUUGGAGACUGCAGAUGCCACGGCGCAACAAAAUUGGCAUUAGUGUCAUGUUUGGUAUUGGUUUCAUCACUAUUGGCGUCAUGUUGUGGCGAAUUGCAGCGACAAAGAAGUCGGUCGAUGAACCCGACGGAACCUACUGGAUGACUGACAUUGCGCUCAUUGCUUUGUUGGAGCUUUGGUUGGGCUUCAUAGUCGCCUGCAUACCUACUCUGGCGCCAUUACUCAAAGCUUACGUAAAGCCUGCUGUGAGCAAGCUGAGAUCAAUCUCAGGGCUCGAUCAAAGGUCACAACAGGUAUCGUUGAAGAUGGUCAGGAACAGUAACAACAAUCGAAGAUACCAUCCCAUUGACGGAACUCAGGAUUCCAGGAAAGAAUAUCCUCCAGCAGUACAUGGGGAUCUGACUCCCGGCGCCGCGAUAACGACCCACAUCUCGCAUGAUCCUGUUCGGAGAAGUACAGAGCAGCACGUCGGGAACGAUACCAUUCAUGUUCAGCAGGAUAUCGAGCAUCGUUGGCCUGAACCCGGCACUGCGACAUCACAGCCCCGAAACAUUACCCAAUAUUGGGGUGGAGGGCCGAUUGGCUUCCCACUCCGGAGCUUUGCCGCCCAGGAGCCAGAUACUGACACCGACUCGAUAAGCCACAGCCUGCAUAUGCAACAUUCAGUGAUUACCGAUCAUCAGCUCAUGGCUUCGCCUCGGUUCCUGGGAGAAAUGCAGCCCCCGCUUCCAUCUUUCACGGCCACCUGGCACAAUGACACCUACCCGGCGAUUUCUCCGUCGCGCCCGGAGCUGAGUGCGGCAGGGAAGACGAUCGUGAUCACGGGCGCGGGAUCCGGCAUCGGUCGCGAGACAGCCGUUGCGUUUGCCAGCGCUGGAGCUGCACACCUGGUGCUGUUGGGGCGCACCCAGGCGACCUUGGACGAGACGGCCUCGCUGCUUCCCAGUCAAGUGUCCAAGGAGACCUUUGCCGUCGACGUCACGCAGCAAUAUGCCGUCGAACGAGUUGCUAUGGCCGUUGGAUCAUGGGAUGUUCUAAUUGUUGCUGCCGGCUACGUCUCAGCCCCCAAGCCCAUGGCCGAGGCAAACACGGAUGCCUGGUGGCAGAAUUUCGAGACGAAUGUCAAAGGCCUCUUCCUGGUCGCCAAGUUCUUCCUACCGACCAGGAAUGCAUCGCGCUCAGCCCUUCUUGCACUCACGACUGGUAGUUCAGCCCUGCCGAGCUCGAUGUUGCCCGGACUCUCUGGCUACACCGCAUCAAAACUCGCCCAGACGAAGCUUGUUGAGUUCCUCGCCGCGGAGCAUCCAGAUGUCUUUGCAGCUUCAGUUCACCCUGGCAUGGUGGAGACGGCCAACUUCAAGGAGGGUGGUGGGAACACCGAACUGGUGCCCAUGGAUAAAGUCCAACUUCCGGCUCACUUCUUGGUGUGGAUGUCGAGUCGGGAGGCUGCAUUCUUGACCGGUCGCUCUGUUUGGGCCAACUGGGAUGUGGAUGAGUUGAAGGGGCAAGCUGAGACAAUCAAAUCGGGCAUGGCAAUGACAGCUGGGAUCAAUGGCUGGCCGUAUACUAUCAGCUAG